AUGUCAAAUAUAGAAGCAAGUAAACUAUAUGAAACAAUAGUAGAAGAUGUUAUACAAGAUUCAAGACAAGAUUUUGAAAAUAUGGGUAUUGAUGAACUGACAUUAUUAGAAUUAAGAAAAAUAUGGUGUGAAAAAUUAACUCAAUCUAAAGUUUGUAAAUUUUCUUGGGAUUUUAAUAAUGAUGAUGAAGAACCUGAACAAUUACAAUCAGAACAACAACAACAACAACAACAACAACAACAACAACAACAACAACAACAACAACAACAACAACAACAACAACAACAACAACAACAACAACAACAACAACAACAACAACAACAACAACAACAACAACAACAACAACAACAACAACAACAACAACAACUAGAACCUAAAGAAGAACCUAUCACAAAUAUUGAAUCAACUACCAUAAAGCAAGAAAGUAAUAAUGAAGAACCAAGUGUGAAAUUAGAAGAAACAAGUUUAAAUUUAAAUGAUAAAUCAGAAUUUGAUCCAUUGAGCUAUAAUAAUAAUCUUGGACUAGAAUUACCACCAAUAUCAUCAUCUAACGGUAACACUCACAACAACAAUCACAAUUCUACAAUACCAACAACAACAACAACAACUGAAGAAUUAGCAUUACCUAAAAUAAAUCAAAAUGAUGGAACUUUUGAAAUGUCAAUACAUGUAAAUAAUCCUCAAAAAUUUUUAUCAAAUUUACAAAAAUCCGAACCAAAACAAAAAAAACUACAUAAAAAAUUAUAUCAAAUAGAUGGAACAUUAGAUGAUUCAGAUUCUCAAAAUGAUAUAGAUGAAGAAGAAGAAGAAGAAGAAGAUCGUGAUAUUUUUAAUGAUUCAGAUGAUAUAAAUUCAGAUUUAGAUGAUGAUUUAGAAAGUGAUAAAUCUGAAGAUGAUGAUGGGGAUCAAGAAGGUCAAAUUAUGUUAUGUUUAUAUGAUAAAGUUCAAAGAAUUAAAAAUAAAUGGAAAUCAAAUCUAAAAGAAGGUAUAGCUAAUAUUGAUGGGAAAGAUUAUGUAUUUCAUAAAGCUACUGGGGAAUGUGAGUGGUAG